GGCAUAAUUGACGCGUUAACGUUUCAGGUGAUAUCGUGACAUGCCACGAGAAAACUGAGAUAAUCCAUUCAUAAAUAAAGAUCAUCUCAUUUUCGAAAGCAUGCAGCAAUUUUCAAACAACGAAUGGCUACCGCCAACUUUCAAAAUGACAAAAAGAGAAAAUGUCUACAAGUAAUCAAUAGUACAACGAUUUAUCGAAUGUUGCAAGCGAGAAAAGAACAGGUUAAAGGCAUCUUCGUUGUAAUGGAUGCUGGUUGUACGGAGAGACUUGGAUUUGAGCCAAAAGCACUGAAGGCUUUUGACCUUCAAAACAAAGCUGGCAUGGGAAUGUCCAGCAUAUCUCGAACUCCCGGGGAAACGAAAACAAGUCUUUCUGAUGUCGGUGCGACACGAGGGGAUGAAAGGCGACGAAUAGACUGAUAAAGUAGGAAAAGCAGGAACAGACCUCACACCCUUCGUAAAAGAACCGCAAUUUGACAAGGCCACACACGGAGGAAUUAGCCAAAAGCAAAACAAUCAAAGAAUUUU